AUGUUGAAUGUUCAUAGAGUUGUUGGAUUUUGGACAACUGGAAGUAGAAUUGAGAAUCUUCGGAGACUCCUGAGAGAGAAGGCUACUGUUAGAAUGACACGAGAACAAUACAUACUAGCAACACAGCAGAAUAAUCUGCCAAAGGUUGAGAAUGCACAACUGUACCCUGUGGGCAUUUAUGGAUGGCGAAAGAGGUGCUUAUACUUCUUUGUCCUUCUGCUGUUGGUUACCAUGAUAGUUAACUUAGCCAUGACAAUUUGGAUAUUGAAAGUUAUGAAUUUCACUGUGGAUGGUAUGGGAAAUCUGAGAGUCACCAAGAAGGGAAUCCGACUUGAAGGUAUAUCUGAGUUUCUACUUCCAUUGUAUGUGAAAGAAAUUCAUUCCCGAAAGGAUAGUCCACUGGUCUUACAGUCUGACAGGAAUGUAACAGUGAAUGCAAGAAAUCACAUGGGGCAGUUAACUGGACAGCUGACAGUAGGCACCGAAGGAGCAGUAUUUGGGCACUCAGUCGAGACACCUCACAUCAGAGCAGAACCUUCCCAAGAUCUCAGGCUUGAGUCACCAACCAGAUCCUUGAUAAUGGAGGCUCCUCGAGGGGUCCAGGUGCGAGCUGCUGCAGGAGACUUCAAAGCCACCUGCAGAAAGGAGCUGCACUUGCAGUCUACAGAAGGCGAGAUAUUUUUGAACGCGGACACCAUUCGGCUGGGAAACCUGCCCACCGGUUCCUUCUCCUCAUCCCCCAGCUCUUCCAGCACCCGGCAGACCGUGUACGAACUGUGCGUCUGCCCCAACGGCAAACUGUACCUGUCCCCGGCCGGCCUGGGCUCCACCUGCCAGUUCAGCAGCAGCGUCUGCCUGUGGAGCUGAAGGGACCGAUGCCUCCUCCUCACACCAGAAUAGCCUUUUGUUCCCGUCUGUCUGCUUCACGGUUCUGCUCGGUUUCCCUUGUGAUCGGUCCAGAGCUGCUGCGAGUGGUCCACAGGCCAGCUGCCACCUGCUCCUGUGAGGGACUGCACCGCUCAGCACGGAGGGUGAGUGGCAGGACAGCUGAAACUCCCCAGCAGGAAACCUGGAUCACACACCUUCGGCUCAAAGGGAGAAUAACAUAGGUGCCUUUGCUACAUGAAGUGAAGCACACGGUUUUAGAUUUUUUUUUUGCAGGACCUGGAUACCCACGGCACAUAGGACCGCUACACGGAUGCAAUGCCCAGUGUCCGAUGGCAAGAGGGAACGGUUAACCCUGUGAGAAAACUAACGCUGCGGUCUGAAAGCACAAUUUUCCAUUCAUCUUUUUAGAUGUACAUGCUCCCCUCUACCACCUCCCCCCCCCCAAGAAUUUUAAAAUGUUAAAGCAUUAUGUAAUGGUUGCUUUACUAAAAACUAAAAAUUCGAUACAUAGUUGUUGUUUUUUUAACAAAACAAGACAGAAUCCCACCCUGAGUUUUGUUUCUUUCAAUUCAAUGUGUUGGUACUCUUUGUCUACUAUGUCAAGGAUUUUGUACAUGAGCUCAUUUUAAAAGCACUCAGCAAUAUAUUUUACAGAAUGAACCAUAGGUCACCAUGCUGCCACUUGUCAGGUCUCAAUGUCCUUAUGUAGUAUUUACUUGGCUAUUGCAUGUGACAUAUUUACUUUUAGCAAAACAUCUAAUUUAUUGCGAUAUAAGGUAGGAUUAAGAGGGCCAUACAGGUGGUGUGGGUCCACAGACUAUUUGUCACAUGGAGGUUCUAAUGGUACAAUUUUUGUUUGCACCAUUCACUUUACACUUGACUCUGACUGAUAAAUUCAAACAUCCUCUAAAUAAAUGAAACUAAUGUGCUGCAUAGUGCUGAGAAUGGAUUCACUUUCCACUGGAAUAUCAUCUUCAGAGGUAGAUCUAUGUAUUUUUUUUCCCACUGGAGAUCAAUAUUUAAGGACAGUAGAAACUAAAUUUAAAAUCCCUGCUCAAAUAGUAAAAGAAAUACAAAUGUUAACUAAUGUUGAAAAUGUGUUUGCAUCAUUAGAUCCAUAUUUUAAGGAAUUUGUUCUUUCGCCCUUAACGUUGACUUUUGUCAGACACUUACGCUGCCCUCCUACCAGAAAUCAUAGUUUCUUCCAUUCUUCACUGCUUCUUUUUGUAAAUUAGCCUCUGAAACACACUGGAACACUGUAGGUUCAUUUAUCGCAACACCCCGUAAUUCAAAUUUUUUGAACCUUACAGAAUCCAAGAAUGUCAAAUUGUAUUAAACAUUUUGUAUUAUGGGGACAAUGACUUGAUUACUAUAAGGUAAGUCCUUAAUUUUCAUAUAUCAACCAACCUUCCCAGGCUGUCCCAUGAACAUGGAUCCAGGUGCAUGGGAGCUUCAUUCUGAGGAACCCUGACUGUAGACACUGGAGUUCAGGCCUCCACAGCACAGAGACAAGUGGGACAGUGAGACUUGUUGAGGUUAUUGUGGUAGAGGAAGCAGGAAAACAGGUAAUGUAAGCAACAGAGUGAAUGAUUUAGCCAGAAUCAUUUUCUUUGCAUGAUCCAUCAUAUCAAAUAACUGAGAGAGCUCCAUUUCAUUCAAUACAUUCUAUACUCAGCAGAAGCAGUCUUAUUACUUUUAAAAGAGAAUUUAACUUGUGUUUGGGAUUUCUUAAGUAAAGCUUUAAGUCAACAUUGGAGGAAGGAUUAAGAUAUGCUAUUACUGCUAUUGUUUAAAAGUCAUAUCAGAACAUAAGACUUCAAUUUAUAUAAGUUAAAAUAUUAGAAUUCAACAUGAGACAUUCUCCUAUGUUUUCUGCAAUAAACUAAUACAAAGUACAACACAAGAAAUUUUGAGAAAUUAUGAAUGCUAAUUACUGUUACAGACUUUUUCAGAAAACACUACUUAUUCAUUUGAAUCAUAUUUAAGUUGAAAACACCUUAAAUUAAACAACUAGAAGGGUUCUUAAUCAGAAGGUAACAGGUUUUCUUUUAUUAGUAAUUAGCUGUGUUUCAAAUCUCAGCUCUGUCUUCUACUGAAUUUUACCGAUCAUGAGCUGAUUUAGGCAUCUGGGGAAAUCUCCAAGCUUCUGUUUACUCAACUUUGCAACAAAAGUAUUGAAUCACAUGGUCUCUUGAGAUUCCUUCCACCUCAAACAUGUUCUGAUUUCAAGAGCAAAUAUUACAGGAGGUAGAAGGGGCCACAGAAAUGUUAGAUUAUGUCAUAAGAGGAGAACAGAUGAAAAGAGUGAGGAGAUAAAACCCUGUAAAAAACCAAUCUAGUGAGGGGCUAUUAAUGUUUGAAUUCAAAUAUGUUCUAAAAUGUUAUAGAAAUAAUUAAAAAGAAAUAUAUAAGCUAAGAGAUUGAGAUUUACAUCAUAUGUCUAGAUGAUGUAAACAUAUCUGUUCAAUGUAGUAGGAAAAAAUGUUGAUACAGAUGGCUUUCCUCUCCAAUACCAAAUAAUCGGUGACUGGCUGCUUUACAUUCCUUAGUUUCUAUGUAUAGACUCAGGUGCAGAGUUCGAGCUUCUGUUGAAGACAUGGAAGACUGCUCUUAAAAGUCCUUCACUUUCUUACAAAGAUUUGAUUCCUUCCUAAUAUAAAGCACUCCCUCCAUUGCAGACCACCCAGGCAGAUUCAUUGUCUUUGUUUCCAGUACCAUUUUUACAUCACAACAUAUGGAAAUAGAGUCAAGUUUAUUUUGUUGCAAAUUUAAUCUUUUCUCAAUCAAACUCAGAAAAACAAUGAUUAAAUAUAGUACAUGAACCCUAAAUUUUACAUUUAGCUUAGCUAUGGACAGCAGGAAGGGAGAGGGAAGAAGGCAGGCAGGUAAAAUAGGAAGGAGAAGGGAAGGAAAGGGACUACUCUUGGCAUUUACAUCCUAAACUCAAGUAAUUUAAAGGAAAAGAAGCAAGACGACAAACACUUUUCCCCCCCCAGAAUAUUUCAGUAAGAUACUUCCAAAAAAAAUACACUUUCAAAUUUCAUGUUUCUUUUGCUCUAUAUCACUAAGAUGUCUAUCCUAUACUGCUUUAUCCUGUUUUUGUUUGUUUGUUUUAGGUUAUGAAUCAUAAGCUUUAUAAUCUGGUACAAAAGUAUUUAUCAAAGAAUUUUUAAAAAUGCUCCAAAAUUUACAUUAACCUGAAAAUCUUAGAGUUGGUAUCCCAAACCUUUGAAAAUAUAGCCACAAGUUCUAAUUCUAGUUCUGCUCCCCUACUCAUGUGACCUAAAGAAAUAUAAUUAAUUAUCUUGGCCAGAGCUUACUUGUCUGUGAAAGGGGUAUAUCAAACUAGGAGGAUUUUUUGUUGUUGUUAUUUUCAACUCUAAAUUUAAUUGGUUCACUUGAGACUCAGUAAUCUUGAAUUCAGUAGCACAGUCUAAACUGGCAUCAUUCAUCUCCUCUGUACCUUACUUAACAUGUUGCUUAUAAAUGUUGAAAUGCAAAUCUUCCAGCAUGCUGCUCCCUAUUCCUUUGUUUUCUAUGCUCUCUUUUUUGCUCUUACCAUUGGAACAUUAAUGUAUCUUUUAAAAAAUAAUGCUUUUUUGACAGGUUUCAGUAAUUUGGCUGACCUUCAAAAGGAAAAGAAUGUAUUUGGAUCUUAUGAAAAUGACUAUUUAGGGAAAUAAUGGAAACAUUUACCAAAUGUUAAUACCCUGUCGGUCAUUCUAUUAUUAUUUAUUAAAUCAAACCAAAAACCAUUGUGUGUUUCUAAAGGUAAUUUGAUCAAAAAGGUCAAUUGCUAAAUUUUUUAUAAUAUGCCAUUCAAAAUUCCUAUGUAAUUCUAACAUCUGAAUCAUUUUGUAAAAUUGGCAUUUGAUACAAUAAAACUUUAAUGAAUUAUGCCAUAGCAAAAAUGAUAUCUCUGAAUGAGGCAGCAAUAGGUAGAGGGCUUUUUUUGAGUGUUUAAUGCAUUUACGUGGCUAAAUUUUAUAGCAGGUCAUGUCAACAUCAUAAUACUAAACUGUUGUAGUUAAUGCUAUUUAAUGGCCAAAUUCUAUAUAGCCAGCAAAGCAAACGCACAGUUCAGUUGUAUAUUAGUGAGGUCUUGUCACCUUCUUUCAGUAGCUUUGGUCUAGUUAAAACUGCUCAUGUGAGCCUUUUUAGAGAUACUUAUUUUCUAUCCUCUUAUACAUUAUAGUAAUGAAUAUUGCAAAAUAUCAUAAGUAAAAUAACAUUGUCCUUUUAUUCUUUUAAAACAAUCAUAAACAAAUAAAUGUCCUCCCUGAACAUUGUUAUUCAUAUUGUUUAAUAUUGCAGUUCAUUAGUUGUUUCAAUCUCAAAGACCAAAGAUUGAGAUUUCUAUUAUAUUGAACUCUAAAACACUGCUGCUUCUACUAAUUUAUUCAAAUUAAUAGCAGGGCUUAUAAUUAGAAUGUGAGGUAGUAAACAUUCUCCUUGCCAGAUUCGGAGCUGUUGAUGAUAAAUUAAUGCUUUUGUUUUAGAAGGAAGUGUUUCUUAGUGUAGUCCACUUAUCUUUUAUACAUGCGUAAUAAAAUCCUUGUUAUCCACAAAACCAGUAUGUAAAGACUAUAUCCCCACAUGGGCCCAAGAUGGAUUUACUGAGCUGAGUUUACACUUUCCUUGCUUGCUAAAAAUUCCUUGGAGAAUAUAAUUAAUUUGAAAUACUUUCAGAACCACAGGGCUAUUUUUUAUGUUGAUGGAAGAGAUUCCAAUCUUUGAGAAAGUCAAUGAAAAACACUAAAGGAAAUGAGGUAUAAUGAACCGUGAUUCUUUUUGUUUUUGCGUUCUUAAUAUCUCAUUUGUUUGAAUAUUUAUAAAUGAGAGCCAAACAGGGUUAACAAUGUGCAAGGACAUUCGCUAACAAUGGAGAUGUGUAAUUUUGUGUUUCGGUGUCUCGUUUUAUACGAUUCUUUAAACCAGGUCCACUAUUCAUUUAUUUUGUUUUGUAAUUUUCAUGUAAAUGUUUUCUCGUGUACAUAUGACAAAUGGAACUAUUUUCUUACACACACUAUGCAAUAUGUUUGUAAAAUUGCAAUAUUACCAAAAUUACAAAAGCUGUGCUUUUGUACUCGAUCUUGCUUUAUGUAAAAAAUCUAUCUUUUUCUAUUUAAAUGGACUAUCAGUUCCAUAAACUGUAGAUAACAUAUCUAUUCAAAAAUCAGUCUAUUGUAUCUUUUGUUUAGUUCUGGGCAGAGUGGGCUCUAUUUCUUUUGGGAGAAAAUGCACAAAGUCUGAGAGUUGGAAACUUCUUUUCCUCAGAAAAUGAGACCUUAGAUGCAUGCAAUGAGCUCAUAUCAUUUAAGAUCUCUCCUGUAAUUCUUGUAUUUUUGUCCUAAUUUUGGUGCUACUGUGUAACCAUGAUUAAAUGUGAUAGUCAACAAAGAGGAUCAAUACUCAUAUGCUAUCAUUUCAUUUAUUUUGUUGAGAAAAGUUCAUAAAGAAGGGAAAUGAGUAUUUGUAGGGAACAGAGACCUUUUCAAUGAUGUGUUUUAAAAUAUCAAUUUGAUUAGGAUACAUACUUUAACAAUUUUAAUUUAAUUUAUAAAUUUAUACUUGAUAAAGAUGCUUCUCAUGAAAAUCUGAACAUAUGUUCCUCUUAAACAUAGUAUGAUCAAUGAAUCUAAAGAAUUGAAAUCGAUUUAAAAGUAACAGUGACUACACUUAACGAGAUGAUUAGCUAAUAGUUUGUGACUUUUGGGGAUAAUACUAGGUAGAUGCCAUUUGCUCAUUCACACCUCUCCACAUAGAUGUAUAUCAUCACACAUAAAUACACAUUCACAUUCAACAGUGAAUAUAAACACAUACUAAUUGUAAAUUUACUUGGAUAAUGUUGUAUUUCUUCAUUUCUUUGUUACAUUCAAAAUAUCAAGAACCAGCACACCUUUACCUUUUAGAGAGAGAAUUCCCAGUCCAAUAUGUUCCAUGCUUUGAGAGUGACAUUAUUUCUCAGAGGUUCCAAAAGAGCAAAAGUAUCCAUUGGAAGAUGUUGUGUGUGUUUUUAUGUCAUGAUCAUUGUUUUUUUUCUCUACAGCCCAAAUAUCUAUAUACUGUAGUCCAGAUAUUAGGGGGUGGAGGGAACAAAAUCAGAAUCAUUUACACUCCUCACAAAAAUCUUUCAAAUUUAAUUCUAAGAGGAAAAUAAAUGAGAGCAUUAUUUUGAGAAAUCAUAUACAGGGU